AUGAAUGAUGCAGAUGCAAGGGGUAAAUGUGCAGCAUGUACGUACCAAAACAAAAGAUGUGAUGAGAAUUGUCCAUUAUCUCCGUUUUUUCCUUCCAACAAAGUUGAUGAAUUUGAUAAAGUCAUUCGACUUUUCAGCAUCGAUUUUCUCAAAGAUAUGCUGAAUUCUGUUACUACUAAUGAGGAAAAGGCAAAAAUGGUUGAAACCCUAAUUUUAGAGGCGAAAAUAAGGUCUGAAAAUCCUGUGUACGGGAGCAUUGCCGUUACAGAAAAAUUGAGUCUAGAAAUUGAAAACACUCAAAAGGAGCUUGAUUUAAUACAAAAAACAAUUGCUUUUUACAAAGAAUUGGGUGGAAGAUCAUCCUUGAACAAG